AUGGAGAGAAGGGGGAGGCAGCACCGCCGGAGCGCGACGCUCUCCGAUCAUCUCGCGGCUGAGGAAGCUCCUUGUAAGCUUCAGGAACUACUAAUGAUCAGGGACGACGCGGACGAGAUGAGCGCCUUGACAGCCGUCGCUGCGUGCGCGAGGAGCUUCGCGUCUUCCGCCACGGCCGCCGGCGGCGGCGGGGGGAGGACGCUGGUGGAGAUCUUGCGGGAGGAGCAGGAAGCGGGUGAGAUCGUUGUGGGUGGUAAUUCUAGCAAUGGAGUCAAUUGGAGGUCGUUGGUCGCCUGCUUCUGCCUCCGCCGAGCUGGCACAGCCGGCGUCGCGGCGGCGGCGGCAUCGUCGUCCGGCCACGCCAGCUUGCUCCCCUUCCCUGCCCUCGCCGGCUCAAAUUCUCCGGCAUCCACCUCCCUUCGCGGAUCCACAGUGUCCGCCUCCACUGCAGCAUCACCGCCGGAGGAGCCUCCUGCGGGCGGCCAAGAAAUCUCCGACCUCCGGCCGCCGGCUUCGGCUACCGCAGCGGCGGCGGGGGUCUCCCUGAUGUCGCUGCUGGAGCAGACAGACACGCAGUGGAGCAACGGAGUCGAGGCCGCCUCCCCUCCGCUGCUUCCGGACGACGACGAACCGGCGCUGGACGACAUCAUCGACGGCGGCGGCGCACUCCGCGUCUGCUGCGUGUGCAUGAUGCGGCUCAAGGGGGCGGCCUUCAUCCCCUGCGGCCACACCUUCUGCCGGCGAUGCUCCCGGGAACUCUGGGUGAACCGCGGCAGCUGCCCGCUCUGUAACGACCACAUACUGGAAAUCCUCAACAUAUUCUAA